AUGCUGCGCCGCACUGAGAUUGCCCUAAAGAAGGGGUGGACUCACAAUCCUGGUCGCACUCGACGUGGUGGAAAGAACCUCGCCUGGCGGCCAAAGAUUUCAGAGACGAACCUGGGCCAGUUUGUGCCCUUGACGCUGGUGCAUCCGCGCCGACACCCUAACAGCUGGCAAGAGCGGCAGUUCAACACGCUGGGCUACACCAAGUGGCCGAAGAACAUCGGUUUCUACAACUCCGGCGAUAACUUUGAGGUGACCCCCGAGGCGGCGUGGCGCCUGUACGUGCACGCGCGUGAUGAACCCUAUUGGGGUAAGCUCCACUGCGAGAAGACAAUCAUUACGCUGCUGCCGGUGGUGGAGAAGGCGCCGAAGGAGAACAUGGAGCGAGUCCUGGACGUGUUCCGGCACUAUCUGAAGCGCUACGGGGCCGAUCACUACAUCUACAACGCCGUCAUGCAGGCUGCCGCCUUUGCCAAGGACUACGAGCAGGCUGAGCAGCUAUUUAGGGAAAUGGAGAUGUUGGGACUGGAGCCCAAUGCACAGAGUUACGUGAACAUGAUGCUGGCAGCAAAGCUGUGCGGCCUUCCACUCGAGAAGAGCGAGGCGUACUUCAAGCGCGCCGUGAAGGACGGGGCGAUGCGGUCUGUCAUGCGCAUCGACACGGAGUUCAGGAUGUGGAUGGACCAGCUAGACCGCUUCGGCUCCUUCACCGCGUCCUCCGGGUAUCUCUCCGUUAACGAGGAAGGUGCCAAGCCAAUGCCUCGUGACAUGUGGGCUAUCUGGGGCUGGCAUCGCAGCGAGAGCAAGUUCAUUAGUCGCCACGACCUCAUCAUGCAACAAGUCCGAGCACGUGUGCGCUGCGGCAAGGAGCUGAUUGGCACUGCGUACAUCAAGACUCGGCGACAGCCGUGGGCGAAGUUCAAUGGUAUGCUGCCCCACGACUACAACGGACCGCCAUACCGCGCCCCUACCGCCUUCCCAGAUGCACCCGAGUACACGAGCGAGGCGGGGCAUAAGGCCUUCUGA